CUGCACUAUGGUCAGUGGCAGCGAGAGUGGGGCAUCUGGACUAUGGUCAGUGGCGGCGAGAGUGGGGCAUCUGCACUAUGGUCAGUGGCGGCGAGAGUGGGGCAUCUGCACUAUGGUCAGUGGCAGCGAGAGUGGGGCAUCUGCACUAUGGUCAGUGGCGGCGAGAGUGGGGCAUCUGCACUAUGGUCAGUGACGACGAGAGUGGGGGCGAGAGUGGGGCAUCUGCACUACGGUCAGUGGCAGCGAGAGUGGGGCAUCUGCACUAUGGUCAGUGGCAGCGAGAGUGGGGCAUCUGCACUAUGGUCAGUGGCGGCGAGAGUGGGGCAUCUGCACUAUGGUCAGUGGCGGCGAGAGUGGGGCAUCUGCACUAUGGUCAGUGGC